AAUGGCAUUUCAGAAGGCAGUGAAAGGAACUGCUCUCAUUGGAGGAGGUGCCAUAGCAACAGUUUUUGGCCUCUCUCAAUUUUCUCAGUAUAGAAACAAACACGGUACCUUUGUGCGUGUUCAAGCUGCGGAAGCUGUGACUGUUCCAAUAAAGAAUGAUUUCCCCACAAGAGAACAGCAAAUUUUGGCACUGCAAACCACAAGUGAAUUUGAUGUCCUUGUUAUAGGCGGAGGAGCAACAGGGUGUGGCUGUGCUUUAGAUGCAGUCACUAGAGGACUAAAAACAGCCCUUCUAGAAAGAGAUGAUUUCUCAUCAGGGACCAGCAGCAGGAGCACUAAAUUGAUCCAUGGUGGAGUGAGAUAUCUUCAGAAGGCCAUCAUGAAGUUGGAUUUUGAGCAGUACAAGAUGGUGAAAGAAGCGCUUGAGGAGCGUGCAAAUCUGCUUGAAAUUGCUCCUCACCUAUCGGCUCCUUUGCCGAUAAUGCUACCUGUUUACAAAUGGUGGCAGAUGCCAUACUACUGGUUUGGAAUAAAACUAUAUGACAUCGUGGCCGGAAGUCAGUGCCUGAAAAGCAGUUAUGUCCUUAGCAAGUCAAGAGCCCUGGAGCUCUUCCCAAUGCUACGCAAAGACGAGCUUGUUGGAGCUAUUGUCUACUACGACGGGCAGGAAUUUGAUGUCAAAGCCAAAUGUGUUAUCAAUGCUACGGGACCUUUCACAGACUCUGUGCGCAAAAUGGAUGAUCAGGAAGUACCAAACAUCUGUCAGCCAAGCGCCGGCGUGCAUAUUGUCAUGCCUGGUUAUUACAGCCCUGAUAACAUGGGUCUGCUUGACCCAGCCACCAGCGACGGUAGAGUGAUUUUCUUCCUGCCCUGGGAGAAGAUGACUAUCGCAGGGACCACAGACAGCCCCACUGAUGUUACUUCCCAUCCGAUACCAACAGAAGAAGACAUAAACUUCAUUUUGAAUGAAGUGCGGAACUACCUUAGUGUUGAUGUUGAAGUGAGAAGAGGAGACGUGUUGGCAGCGUGGAGUGGCAUUCGUCCUCUGGUCACAGACCCCAACUCCAAAGACACGCAGUCGAUAUCCCGGAAUCACGUCGUUACCAUUAGCGAUAGUGGCCUUGUCACCAUAGCAGGUGGGAAGUGGACAACCUACCGUGCCAUGGCGCAGGACACCAUUGACGCAGCUAUUCAGGCGCAUGAUCUGAAGGCAGGUUCCAGUAAAACUGUUGGACUGCAGCUACAAGGGGCUGAGGAAUGGAGUCCCACUCUUUACAUUAGGUUGGUCCAAGAUUACGGACUUGAAAGCGAGGUGGCUCAACAUCUAGCUUCAACGUACGGUGACAAGGCUUUUGAGGUGGCCAAAAUAGCCCAAGUUACGGGAAAGAGAUGGCCUAUUGUUGGAAAACGUCUUGUGUCUGAAUUUCCUUAUAUCGAAGCUGAGGUUGUCUAUGGUGUUAAAGAGUAUGCCCGCACAGCAGUGGAUAUGAUUUCCCGACGUACUCGCUUGGCCUUUCUGAACGUGCAGGCUGCAGAGGAAGCCCUGCCAAGAAUCGUAGAUAUAAUGGCGAAAGAACUUAACUGGAGUGAGCAGAAAAAAAAGGAGGAAUUUGAAGCUGCUAAAAAAUUUCUCUAUUAUGAAAUGGGCUACAAAGUAAAAUCAGAUCAAUUAGCAGACAGCUCUGAAAUCAGCCUAAUGCCUUCAGAUAUUGAAAGGUACAAGAAGCGAUUCCACAUGUUUGACAAGGACAAGAAAGGGUUUAUUACUAUACUGGAUGUGCAGCGUGUCCUGGAGAGCAUCAGUGUGCAAAUUGCUGAAAAUACACUUCACGAUAUUCUAAAUGAAGUGGAUCUGAACAAAAACGGACAGGUUGAGCUCAAUGAGUUCUUGCAGCUCAUGAGUGCCAUUCAGAAGGGCCACGUGUCUGGAAGCCGGCUGGCGGUGCUCAUGAAGACUGCCGAGGAGAACCUGCGCCAGAGGGUGGUGAUUUCGGUGGACCGGAGCGGUGGGGGACUGUGA